AUGGAUAUGCGGCUCAUGGACAAGGAUGAAAGUUGGGAUCUUCUUCGUGAGAAGGUGUUUGCUAUGAUGGUGCCUUGCUCGUUCCAGCUUGAGGAGGCUGGAAGGAAGAUUGCAGAGAAAUGUGAUGGCCUUCCUCUUACAAUCAUCAAAGUGGCUCAUCUCCUAUCAGGAUCAGAGAAGACCGUGGAGUACUGGAACGAGAUGUGCCUUUUGUAUAUGGGAGUUUUCCCUAAAAAUGCUGAGAUUCCCGCAUCCAAGGUUGUAAACAUGUGGCUUGCUGAGGGAUUACUUGAACAGAAUAAGGCUAAAUCUGUAAAGAAGCAUGCUCUCAAAUAUUUGGAUGAGCUUGCUUCAAGUAGUGUUAUGGUUUACAAAAGGAGCACUAGAAGUUCCUCUGUGAUGUCCAUUGCUAAGAAAGGGAUCAAGCAUUGUGGCCUCCAUUCUUCGUGGUGGCACCUCUGUCAACACGAAGCUAGGAAGAACAACUUUUUCUGCGUACUCGACAGUAUGGAAGACAGUUCAGAGGAAAGUAUAAAGGGUCAGAGAAGGUUGUGCAUUCACAAGAACAUCCUACUUUGUAUCAAAGAGGUAUACGAUUCAGUAGAGGAUAACUUGCCAAUAUGUUCUGCUUUGAGAAAGCUUGAGGUGCUUGAUGCUCUCAAGAUUCGUUUCUAUGAGUUCCCAUCACAAGUAGUGGAACUAGUCGAGUUGAACUACCUUGCUCUCGUGUACGAUGGGGAGAUCCCUCCUUCCAUAUCCAAACUUCAGAGACUUCAGUUCUUGAUUGUUUGUCCACACCAGCACAUCAGAUCAGGUGGAGCUGCGUUGUAUCUGCCUCGAGACAAAUGGGAUAUCGAAAAACUUAGGCAUCUUCAUGUCAUGGGAAGCGAUCUACCUGAUUUAUGGGGCACCCCGUUGGCAAACCUCACGACGCUUUUGGAUGUGAGUGCUCGUAGCUGUAGAAGAGGUGUUUUUGAAAGAAUCCAAAAUUUAACAAAGUUAGGGAUUCGAAUCGAAUUACCACCUGAUCAUUGUGAUGAGCCUCUGAGUUACUUUGAUCAUGUUUCUAUUCUCAAAAAUUUGAUGUCACUUAAAUGUGUGGUAGUGAAUCCUGAACUUAGGUCUGAGUUAGUUCAUCCUCCUACACUACCAAAUCUCCCAAUAUACCUAAAAAAGUUGGCACUGAGUGGGAUGGGGUAUCCAUGGUCAGAAAUGAGCAAGAUUGCUUCUUUAGAAAAGCUGAAAGUGCUCAAGCUGCGAUGCAAUGCAUUUCAAGGUCCAAAGUGGGAAGUCGAGGAGAAGACGUUUCCAGCGCUCGAAUAUCUUCUGAUGGAAGACUGUGAUCUGGAGCACUGGAAAGUCGAAAGUGGAAGCUUUGAAAGGCUGGAGCAUCCAAGUAUAAAGCACUGCUACAAUUUAAGGGAGCUCGAUUGGGAAUGCGAUGAUAAUAUUUCGAUGAUCGAAGUAGACAACUGCGACCUUAUGGUUGAAAAGCAGAUAAAAGAGGCAAACUGGGGAAGGGGAAUGUUAGCCUUGGAUUUCACUAUGCAUUGUUCUUGGAAUGAUGGGAAGCAUAAGCCAUGA